CUCUCUUUCCUCAGGAAAAUUUUUCUUUUCCCACACCCCCCCAAAAUAGAAAAUUUUCCAUUUACCAUUCUUAUGCAAUCUCACCCUCCAAUCCCACAUUUGUGCAUUUGUUCCUUUCCAAUUUCUAACUUCCCAUGUACUACGUAUUUAUCCACCUAGCGUAGCUAUAACACAUCAUAUAUCACCCAACAACAUCAUCAUUCACAUAUCCACACACAAGAUCUUAAGAGACAGAGAGAAAUAAAACAAAAAACAACAACCUUAAGUUGAUUUUUCCCAUAUCCUAUAAUACUUCCUCUCCGACCAGGCCAUUUUUUUAGGAUGGAAUAUUCCAAGGAAAUUCAUAGCAAUGGCAAUGCAAAUGGUUCAUUGAACCUUUGCAAUGGUAGCACGGACCCACUUAAUAGCACGGACCCACUUAACUGGGGCAUGGCCGCGGAAGCUUUGAAGGGUAGCCACCUUGAUGAGGUGAAGCGCAUGGUGGAGGACUACCGUAACCCCGUGGUGACGUUGGGUGGCAAGAGCCUCACCGUGUCUCAGGUGGCGGCGGUUGCCACCCACCACCACGGCGGAGUUACGGUGAAGCUGGCCAAGGAGACCCAUCGCGGUGUCAAGGCCAGCAGUGACUGGGUCAUGGAUAGCAUGGUUAAGGGCACUGAUAGCUACGGGGUUACCACAGGGUUUGGUGCAACCUCACAUAGGAGAACCAAGCAAGGUGGUGCCCUCCAAACCGAACUCAUCAGAUUUUUGAAUGCUGGCAUUUUUGGCAAUGGAACAGAAUCUUGUCACACCUUACCUCACUCAGCUACAAGGGCAGCCAUGUUGGUUAGGAUCAAUACCUUGCUUCAAGGAUACUCAGGCAUUAGAUUUGAAAUCAUGGAGGCCAUCACCAAGUUUUUGAACCAUAACAUAACCCCAUGUCUUCCUCUACGUGGUACAAUCACUGCAUCAGGUGACUUGGUUCCUUUAUCAUAUGUUGCUGGCCUCUUGAUUGGAAGGCCAAACUCCAAGUCUAUUGGACCUAAUGGACAAGUUCUUAAUGCUAAAGAGGCCUUUCAACUAGCUGGAAUAGAUGGUGGUUUCUUUGAGUUGCAACCUAAAGAGGGUUUGGCACUAGUGAAUGGCACUGCAGUAGGAUCUGGCUUGGCUUCCACGGUUCUUUUUGAGGCAAAUUUGCUUGUCAUCCUUUCAGAAGUUUUGUCUGCAAUUUUUGCUGAAGUCAUGCAAGGAAAACAAGAAUUCACAGACCACUUGACUCAUAAAUUGAAGCACCACCCUGGCCAAAUUGAGGCUGCAGCUAUCAUGGAACAUAUAUUAGAUGGAAGCUCAUAUGUUAAGGCAGCACAGAAGUUACAUGAGAUUGAUCCACUUCAAAAGCCUAAACAAGAUAGGUAUGCUCUUAGAACAUCACCUCAAUGGCUUGGACCACAAAUUGAAGUAAUUAGGCAUGCAACAAAUAUGAUUGAAAGGGAGAUAAACUCUGUCAAUGAUAACCCCUUGAUUGAUGUUUCAAGGAAUAAGGCACUCCAUGGGGGGAAUUUCCAAGGUACCCCAAUUGGUGUUUCAAUGGAUAACACCCGUUUGGCUAUUGCAUCAAUUGGUAAACUUAUGUUUGCCCAGUUCUCUGAACUUGUGAAUGACUUCUACAACAAUGGUUUGCCUUCAAAUCUAACAGCUAGUCGCAAUCCAAGCUUAGACUAUGGAUUCAAAGGUGCUGAAAUUGCAAUGGCAUCCUAUUGUUCAGAACUCCAAUACCUUGCCAAUCCUGUUACCACUCAUGUCCAGAGUGCUGAGCAACAUAACCAAGAUGUGAACUCUUUAGGCUUAAUUUCCUCUAGAAAGACAGCUGAAGCAAUAGAUGUAUUAAAGCUCAUGUCAUCCACUUUCUUAGUUGCUUUGUGCCAAGCCAUUGAUUUGAGGCAUUUGGAGGAAAACUUGAAGAACACUGUUAAGAAUACCGUUAGUCAAGUGGCCAAAAGAGUUCUCACAGUUGGCAUCAAUGGCGAGUUACAUCCUUCUAGGUUUUGUGAGAAGGACUUACUCAAAAUUGUUGAUCGUGAGUAUGUCUAUGCUUACAUUGAUGACCCCUGUAGUGCAACCUACCCUCUGAUGCAAAAGUUGAGAUUAGUCCUAGUUGAUCAUGCAUUGCAAAAUGGUGACAAAGAGGCGAGUUCAAGUACCUCAAUUUUCCAAAAGAUUGGUGCCUUUGAAGAAGAGCUCAAUGCCCUUUUGCCCAAAGAGGUGGAAAGUGCUAGGAUUGAAGUUGAGAAUGGAAAUCCUGCUAUUCCUAACCGAAUUAAGGAAUGCAGGUCUUACCCAUUAUAUAAGUUUGUGAGAGAAAAUUUGGGUACAACUUUGCUAACAGGAGAGAAAGUCAAGUCACCUGGUGAGGAAUCUGAUAAGGUAUUUACUGCAUUGUGUGAAGGGAAGUUCAUCGAUCCUUUGUUGGACUGUCUAAAAGAGUGGAAUGGUGCUCCUCUACCAAUAUGCUGAGAUGGUGCUACCUUUUUUCUUAAGAAAACCAAAAUUUACUUUUCAUUUUCCUAUGAUGUAUGUUUUAUAACGCUAUUGGACGUGUAUUUGAAACUGUAGGAAUUGUAUUUCAAUCUAAUAUAUGUUCUUUUUCUGUAAACUACCAAAACAUUUAUAUUGGUGUUGAUUAA